GAAUAAUAACCUGUAUCAAAUAUAUAAGCUGUGUAGAGUACACAAAACAAUUGACUGACGUGUAUUGAUAAAAGUAAGAUCUUAUAAAAAAUUCAGGUGCUCGACAGUCAGUUAAUAAAAAUUAGCCAAAGAAUAAUUAGUAGUAAUAGUUAUCAAUCUGAGUUUAUUGUUAAUAUAGUUUACCAGUUAGAUAUUGGAGUAUUUUUAUGAAAUAAUGGCGUCAGUAGACAAUGACGAUCCAUCAUCAAGUGCCAAAAUAACAAAAGAUAUAGAAAAAUUGUCGGUGGCUGGCAAUGACAAUCAAAUGGAAAACAAAAUUAAAAAUAUUUAUGACGACAAUAAAAAUCACAACAAUCCUGAGAACAGUGAAGCUAAGCUAGAUAAUAAACAGGAUGAUGAAUUUAAGCCACAUUUGACCGGAUUCAAAAUUCGGGAUCUUUAUAAAAUCGCGUUGAAUUUUUACAAAGAAAAAGAAGGAAAAGCUGUGCACCUUUCAUACGAAGACAAGCUUAAGCUAGUAGCGUUCACCCAACAAGCAACCCACGGAAAAUGCACCCCGGAAAAUUCUCCAGAGUUAGGAGUUCUCGACGUGAUAGGAAAAGACCGUCGCUUGGCAUGGCAAAACCUCGGAGACAUAACCAAAGACCAGGCAAUGGAGGGUUUCGUCGUUCUUCUGGACAAGCUUUGUCCUCUGUUCCGCACAGUAGUCGAGGCCCAGAAGCGGAACAUCGAGGAGCAAAAACGUUUGAAACAAGCGGAAGCUGAGAAGAAAUUGGACGAUGAAUUGCGCGAAAAGGAGGCUGCUGAAGAUAAGAAACGAGAAGAAGCUGACCGGGUCCAACGCGAGUACCAGCGCCGCCAGAUUCAAGACGCCUUGAAUCAACAAACUUACUACCAGUUCAAGGCAUAUGCUGAACAGCAGUACCCGGGGAACCCGGAGGAACAGGGGGUGCUGAUUCGCCAGCUUCAGGAGCAGCAUUACCACCGAUACAUGCAGCAACUUCAUCAAAAUCGGCUGAUGAUUGAUGAGUCCGUUGAGUUGGACAAAAAGGACCCUGAUCAAGAACGAGAACGAGAACGAGAACGGAGUAGAGAAAUUACUGCCGAAGACAAUCAGCUCAAACCGGAUUUGAAGAUUAUGAUCAACGACGAUAACAAAACCGAAAUAAUAAUCGACAAUGCCAAAAGUUUAGACAAGAAGAAAAUAGAUGAUGAUGAAUUGGACGAUGAUGACAACGAGGACGACGAAAACGAACCGACUAACAACAAAAAUAAGAACGAUGAUGAGGAUUCUGAUGAUCAACCCGAUUGGCCGCCAAUUGAGACACCCAAAAUGUGGACAAGGCCCGGCGUGGAUGAGUUCAAGAAGCUUAUAAAGCGCGAAAGUGGUGACGCUGUUAUUAAAGUCGGUCACGGGGAAACCGUUACUGUCAGAGUACCGACACACGAAGAUGGCUCAUGCUUGUUUUGGGAAUUCGCUACUGAUGGGUAUGAUAUUGGAUUUGGUGUUUACUUUGAGUGGUCUAAGCCUGACACCAACCAGGUCUCCGUUCAUAUCAGCGAGUCCGAGGAUGAUGAUGAUGAUGAGAUUUAUGAUUCUGGGGAGGAUCUCGAGUGUGGACCUGGAAAUGAAGAAAAUAGGACGGAAUUGAAGACUGUUGCUGCGCCUAUCAGUGUCAUCAUUCCGAUAUACAGAAGAGACUCGCAAGAUGAAAUUUAUGCUGGAAGUCAUACGUAUCCAGGUCAGGGUAUUUAUCUUCUUAAAUUUGACAAUUCCUAUUCAUUGUGGCGUAGCAAAACACUUUAUUAUCGUGUUUACUACACAAGACCUGGUUUCGCAAAUGAUUCAUCUUAAUAAUUAUAACAAUUAAUACAAAACCACACCACAGCCACGACUUAUCAACAAAGAUUUAUAAAAAUUAUUUAUGCUGAACUUGAUUUAUUACAAUUGCAAUAACGAUAACAGGCACUAUUCAAUGAUGUACUAGUCUGAUAACACUACGAGUCAUAUUCAAAAUAUAAGUAACAGUUAUUUGAAUAAAAAAAAUCAAUGUUAGGUCUGUUAA